UCCCCAGCUCCCAGAACAAAGUUUGUAGCUUGGAGAACUGAGCCAGACAGAAACCGGGUCUCCCCGAGCCGCCGAUUUACUGUCACGUGAAGAGAAACGGCUUCAUUUCAUGUAGUUCAGUGCUGAGAUGAGCAAGGUUUCACCUGCAGACGAGACACUCCUUAAAGUAGUCUGUCAAGGCGGAUUUCUCAAUAUUUCUCCAUAAAGCAGGAAGUACCAGGGGAGAAAAAUGGGGAGUAAGGAGCGUUAUCAUUGGCAGACUCAGAACAUGAAGAUAAGUGGUGUGGACGACAUGGUUCUGCUGUCCAAGGUCAAUGAGAAUGCCAUCACUGACAACCUGAAGAAGAGAUACAUGGACGACUACAUCUUCACAUACAUUGGACCAGUCCUGAUCUCCGUCAACCCCUUUAAACAGCUGCCAUACUUCACCGACAGAGAGGUGGAGCUCUACCAGGGGGCGGCCCAGUAUGAGAAUCCUCCUCAUAUCUAUGCGUUAGCGGACAACAUGUACCGCAACAUGAUGAUUGACAGUGAGAACCAGUGUGUCAUCAUCAGUGGUGAGAGUGGAGCAGGAAAAACUGUGGCUGCUAAAUUCAUCAUGAGCUACAUCUCUAAAGUGUCUGGAGGAGGUCCAAAAGUCCAGCAUGUGAAGGACAUCAUCCUGCAGUCCAACCCUCUGCUGGAGGCUUUUGGUAAUGCCAAGACCGUCCGCAACAACAACUCCAGCAGAUUUGGGAAAUAUUUUGAAAUCCAGUUCAGUAGAGGAGGAGAGCCAGAUGGAGGCAAAAUCUCCAACUUCCUGCUGGAGAAGUCGAGGGUGGUGUCGCAGAACCAGGGAGAGAGAAACUUCCACAUCUACUACCAGCUAUUGGAGGGGGCAAGUGCGGAGCAGAGGGAGAACCUGGGAAUCACGACCCCAGACUACUACUACUACCUGAACCAGUCUGGAUCCUACACCGUGGAUGACGUCAACGACAAGAAGGACUUCACUGAUACCAUGGAGGCCAUGUCAGUAGUAGGUGUGAGUGUGGAGGACCAGGAGACGGUGCUGCAGUUGAUCGCAGGAAUUCUUCAUCUGGGAAACAUCUCCUUCAGAGAGGAGAACAACUACGCAGUGGUGGAGAGUUUGGACUUCCUGGCGUUCCCGGCGUUCCUGCUCGGUGUUUCUCAAGACGGCCUGUGUGGGAAACUCACCAGCAGGAUACUUGACAGCCGGUGGGGCGGGAAGACGGAGUCCAUCUCCGUCACGCUCAACACAGAACAGGCGUGUUUCUCCCGUGACGCGCUCGCCAAGGCACUCUACUCCCGCAUCUUCGACUUCCUGGUGGAGUCCAUUAACAAAGCCAUGCAGAAGGUCCAGGAGGAAUUCAACAUUGGAGUGUUAGACAUAUAUGGCUUUGAGAUCUUCCAGCAAAACGGUUUUGAACAAUUCUGCAUCAACUUUGUCAACGAGAAACUUCAGCAAAUCUUCAUUGAGCUCACGCUCAAAGCAGAGCAGGAGGAGUAUGUCCAGGAAGGAAUCAAAUGGACACCCAUUGACUAUUUCAAUAACAAGGUGGUCUGUGACCUCAUCGAAUCCAAAGUGAAUCCUCCAGGAAUCAUGAGCAUCCUGGACGACGUGUGUGCCACCAUGCAUGCUAAAGGCGAGGGGGCCGACCAGACGCUGAUCCAGAAACUCCAGGGCCAGAUUAGCUCCCACCAACACUUCAGCAGCUGGAACCGUGGCUUCAUAGUCCAUCACUACGCUGGGAAGGUGUCAUAUGACGUCAGCGGUUUUUGUGAAAGGAACAGAGACGUCCUCUUCAAUGACAUCAUCGAGCUGAUGCAGAGCAGUGAGUUUGCCUUCAUCAGAGGUCUGUUUCCCGAGAACCUGGACGCAGAGAAAAGAGGUCGUCCGACCACCGCCAGCAGCAAAAUCAAGAAACAAGCCAAUGACCUAGUCCAGACCUUGAUGAAGUGCACCCCCCACUACAUCCGCUGUAUCAAACCCAACGAAACCAAGCGACCCCGCGACUGGGAGGAGAACCGAGUCAUACACCAGGUGGAAUACCUCGGCCUGCGGGAGAACAUCCGGGUCCGCCGGGCUGGCUAUGCGUACCGACGAGUUUUCAACAAGUUCCUUCAGAGAUAUGCUAUCCUAACCAGAGAGACAUGGCCGCAUUGGAAAGGGGAGGAGAGGGCCGGCGUUCUCCACCUGCUGAACUCAGUCAAUAUGGAUCAUGACCAGUACCAGCUAGGAAAAACCAAAGUCUUCAUUAAAGCCCCAGAGUCGCUGUUCCUAUUGGAGGAGAUGAGAGAAAGGAAGUUUAAUGGCUUCGCUCGGUUGAUCCAGAAGGCUUGGCGCAAACACAUUGCCGUCCGCAAAUACGUCAAGAUGAGAGAGGAAGCCUCAGACAUACUGCUGAACAGGAAGGAGCGCAGGAGGAACAGCCUCAACAGGAACUUUGUGGGGGACUAUAUUGGAACCGACAACCACCCUGAGAUCCGACAGUUUGUGGGUCGUCGGGAGCGGAUCGACUUCGCCGAUGUGGUUGUGAAAUACGACCGCCGGUUUAGGACGGUUAAACGUGACCUCAUCCUGACCCCUAAAUUCUUGUAUGUGAUUGGUCGAGAGAAGGUGAAGCAGGGUCCAGAUAAGGGUCAGAUCCGGGAGGUUCUGAAGAGGCAGAUUGAGUUGGAGAAGAUCCAGUCUGUCUCUCUGAGUACCCUGCAGGAUGACAUCUUUAUAGUCCACGAGGAACAUUACGACAGUGUCCUCCUGAGCGUUUUUAAGACCGAGUUCCUCAGUCUACUUUACAAACGCUACGAGGAGAAGACGCAGAGGAAACUGCCACUCAAAUUCAACAACCUACUGGAGUUUAAAGUAAAGAAAGGAGGCUGGGGUCCAUUUAGUGCUGCUGGUUCCAGACAGAUCCAGUUUCAGGUGGGCCAAGGAGAUGAGGCGGUUCUGAAGCCAAGCAGCAAAGUCCUGGUGGUCACCAUCGGACCGGGCCUCCCCAAGAACUCCAGACCGACCCGCAGGGACAUCCGCAAAAGUCGAUACAUGGGCAACCAGGCUCUGCCCACUGGCCAUUACUCUGCAGAGCCCUCCAGAAGAUCCCAAGCCAGUGCAGGGAGAGGAGGAGGUGUAAGACAACGUCUUCCCUCCUCUCGGGGGUCUCUCCUCAGACAGCAGUCCAGCAUAGAGCAGCCCAGCCUGCCGCGGCAGCAGGGCCAGCGGCGCACCCCAAAACACACCAACCAGAACCAAGACAUGGGCUUUAUGAACGUCCCAGACCAGGGUGUGGCUGGGCUUCAGAGAAGACGUUCUAAGGAGAUAAAGCCAGUUCCUGGAGCGGGUCGGCCUAAACCUGCCCCAAAACCGAAGCCACGCUCGCCACAGUGCCGUGCGCUGUACGCCUACGACGCCCAAGACACUGACGAACUCAGCUUCAACACUGACGAUGUCCUCGAAAUCCUCACUGAAGAUCCAUCAGGCUGGUGGUUCGGGCGUCUGCGGGGGAAAGAAGGAAUGUUUCCUGGGAAUUACGUGGAAAAGAUCUGAGACGCACUCUCUGCUGUUGACACAACACAGUCCAGUGACACCCACAGAUGAAGCCUUAAUACAUUACUGUAUGACUCGAUCUCCAAAAAGAUUUCUUACCUCAAAUUCAUAAUUCAUCCUGUGUAAAAAUUUUCGUUUUAUCAUCCACGGACUCUGGUUCCCUAUCAUUAAGUUUAAUUUUUGAACUGUCAGUCCAUCAGAAUAUCACUAAAGAAUAUUACAAAAAUUUUGUAAGCACUGGCUUCCCAUUUUAAAAUAAAAGGAUUGUAUA